AGGAAGGGUUGGCGCUGGAUGAGCAAUCUACAACCGACUCUUGUCACGGUUACAUUGCUGCAAGUAUUGAAUUUUAAAGUAUUCUGUAUUCAACAUGCCGCCAAAAGUAAGUGGAAAAGCUGUGAAGAAAGCCGGUAAGGCUCAGAAAAACAUAAGCAAAGCCGAUAAAAAGAAGAAGAGGAGAAGGAAGGAAAGUUACGCUAUCUACAUCUACAAAGUGCUGAAACAAGUGCAUCCUGAUACUGGUAUUUCCAGCAAGGCGAUGAGCAUCAUGAACAGUUUUGUUAAUGAUGUUUUUGAACGUAUUGCUGCUGAAGCAUCAAGAUUGGCGCAUUAUAAUAAACGUUCUACAAUUACCUCUCGGGAGAUCCAAACUGCUGUGAGGCUAUUGUUACCUGGUGAAUUGGCUAAGCACGCAGUAAGCGAAGGUACUAAAGCAGUCACCAAGUAUACCAGCUCCAAAUAAGAAGAUAUAUCUAAAUUGAUAUAAUAAACUGGUAUUGAAUUUUAAGAUCAAUAAGCAAACGAAACGGUCCUUUUCAGGACCACCAAA